AUGGUGGGGAAGAACCUGAUUGCCCUGUUAGGCAAUCACAACCCUGACAUUGCUGUCAAUGUCGCCAAAUAUUCUGGUUCUGUUGAUUCUGUUUCUUUGCCUAAAGAAAUUACUGAAAGUAGUAGCACCAAAUUGAGAGAUGAAGGCCAUCAUAUUAAUGUUGUUUUCAAUGACCGAAGUGGGGAUUUUAAUUUGAGAACCAAAGAUGUUUUCGGUAUUCAAGAACAUGGCAUUGAAAAUUUCGGGCAGCAUUCGAUUUCUAAGAAGGAAUUAGAGCCUCAUGACCAUAAUGAUCAGGCACGUGAUCUUAUUGAGAAUGAAGCUCAAUCUGAUAAGAAUUUGGUUGAGGCUGUUGAUCCAGAGAAAUAUAUAGAUCAAAGGAUUAAAUCUAAAUCUGAUUCAUGCUUAGGUAAAUACAUUUAUGUCCAUGACAUCCCUAGCAAAUUUUACAAGGACUUGCUGCAGAAAUGUGGUUCACUUAGCAAUUGGACUAAUAUGUGUGAUUUUGCAUCGAACUCUGGUCUUGGCCCCCAUCUUCCCAAUUUCGAGAGAGUCUACUCAAAUACUGGUUGGUUUUCUACAAACCAGUUCCUGUUAGAGGUCAUAUUCCACAACAGAAUGAAGCAAUACAACUGUUUGACAAAAGACUCAUCCCAAGCUUCAGCAAUCUUUGUACCUUACUAUGCCGGCCUAGACGUGGCGCGGUACCUCUGGGGUUCCAACAUGUCUAUGAGAGAUUCUGGUUCACUUGAAAUUGUCAAGUGGCUGAGAGAAAAGCCAGAGUGGAACAAAAUGUGGGGUAGAGAUCAUUUUAUGGUGGCAGGAAGAAUUACUUGGGAUUUUAGGAGAUGGACCGACACUGAUUCGGAGUGGGGUAACAAGCUCAUGCUCUUACCUGAAUCAAAGAACAUGACCAUGUUGACAAUUGAAUCAAGCCCUUGGAAUAGUAAUGAUUUUGCCAUACCAUAUCCAACAUAUUUUCACCCUUCAAAGGACAAUGAGGUGUUUCAAUGGCAGAACAGAAUGAGGAGGCAGAGAAGGCGCAUACUGUUCUCAUUUGCUGGUGGCCCCAGGCCUAAUCUUCAAAGCUCAAUCCGAAACGAAAUCAUUGACCAGUGUAGGGCUGCAAGGAGGAAAUGCAAGUUGCUAGAAUGCACUUCUGGUCCAGACAAGUGCCACAAGCCGGUGUUUGUGAUGAAAAUGUUUCAAGGUUCUGUGUUCUGCUUACAGCCUCCUGGUGAUUCUUUAACUAGGAGAUCAAUUUUCGAUUCAAUUCUGGCUGGUUGUAUUCCGGUGUUCUUUCAUCCCGGUUCAGCCUACGUCCAAUAUCUGUGGCAUUUACCAAGAGACUACAAAAAAUACUCAGUGUUUAUACCGGCAUUUGACAUAAAGAAUGGGAGAGUCAGCAUUGAGAGCAUCCUGCAAAGAAUUCCAAGACAAAAAGUUGUGGAAAUGAGAGAAGGCGUUAUAAAACUGAUACCGAAAGUGAUAUAUGCAGACCCAAGUUCUAGAUUAGAGACUCUUGAGGAUGCAUUUGAUAUUGUAAUUAAUGGGGUUCUUGAAAGAGUAGACACAAUCAGGAGGGACAUGAGAGAGGGGAAGAACACAAGUUUUGAUUAUGCCGAAAAAGUGAGCUGGAAAUACAAUCUGUUUGGGACAGUGGAGGAACAUGAAUGGGAUCUUUUCUUUGAAAGGGGUAAAAUGUAA